AAAGAAGGCACACUUUGUAACGCCAUACUGUGUAUGUAACACCAGUUUCUUCAGCUUCACUUUCGUCUUCUCUCCUCUCUUUCUACUUUACUUCUCUCUCAUCUCUUGCACAAUUACCAAUGCUAAAGGAAUCACACACCUUUCCUUAAAACUCACCUUGUUUUAAUAAUGGGUUCUUGUGUUUCAUCUCACAAACGUAAACACUCAGAUAUCAAGCUUCAAAAAUGUAUUAGUUCUCAAUCUGAUCAGAUUGUGUUUUCGCCUGUUAAAACUAAUGGUGAUGUUCAGAUUGGUGGGCUUGGUUUAAAAUCACAGGCUGACCCAUCGAUUAAUUUUCCUGAUCUUGGUAGUAAAGAAGAGGCCUUCUUUGAUUCACAGGCCUGGUUAGAUUCAGAUUGUGAUGAUGACUUCCUGAGCGUUAAUGGUGAGUUUACCCCUUCUCGGGGUAGCACUCCAUUACAUAGCUUUAGUACAGCUCCACAAGUCAACAAAGCCCUUUUUGAGGACUCUGCCCUGGGCGGUGCAAUAAAAAAUCAACCAUAUCCACCUGAGAAGAAAAUCAGUUUAUCUGACCUAUUUAAUCAGAGUUUUCGAGCUAAGCAGGACGCUGACUUCGAGCAAAAUACAUCUGGUAGUUCAAGUGACACAAAUUAUAGCUCCAGUAUGCCGAGCAGCGAACAAACAGCAAAUGGAGAUUUCAAGGUUGAACCAGAGAAAUCUUUCAUUUCUUCGCAGUGUUGCCUUCCGAGUCUGGGCAGGCGGGUAACUUUACUGAAAGAAACAAGAUGAGCUUGUCCAUAGUUUAAAUUAACAUAUAUAUGCACCACAAUUAUCUUUGGUGUUUAUAAACUUUGUCAAGCCAAUUCUUUUUGGCAAUGAUAUAUAUAUCAGGGAGAUUUAAGUUGAUAUAAAAACAUACAGUAUAAAACAUAAAGUGCAUUUACUUUGUUUAUCUCCUUUAAAACAUAUAAAACAUAUAGUGCAUUACUUUGUUUA